GAGGAUUCUAAAAUAUUCUCGAGGCCAAGGGGGCGCCUGUGAGACUGGAACGCAGCUUCGGAGCCGACGGGAGCCGGACGUUCCCUCUUCCUGGCGGCAAAACCUUGAGGAAAUACUUUCUUUUCUAAAUAUUGAGAAAUUUGAGGAGGUGGGGCAGAACGAGCAAGUCCCAUUUUCCUGUGAUCCUUUAAGCCGGAAAACUGUCAAAAUCUGUGAAUAAAUUCAUGAGAUAAGGAAGAGGAUGACGUCUAGAGUAAAUACCAGUUUCACUUUGAUUCCUAACCAGAAAUAUAGACGUAGUAGUCGUCGAUCCAGCUAUUUUUCCAACACCUUUGACUCAGAUUCUCAGCCCUUAUCAGCGCUUGGAAAUUUUAAAGCCUUGCCAUUGGAAAUAUUCCAAAUAAUUCUAAAAUAUUUGUCAGUGAAGGAUAUCAGCAUGCUAAGCAUGGUGUCCAAAACAGUCAGCCAGCACAUUAUUAAUUAUAUCUCAACCUCAUCAGGAAGCAAACGACUUUUACUACAGGAUUUUCAUGACCUUGAGCUGCCUGACAGAGAAGACACCGCUAUAUUGGAACACUACAGAUCUCUAGGUCUGCUAUUUAAAAGAUGUACAUUGCUGCUACCCACAAAGGAAAGACUAAAGUACAUUCACAAGAUACUUGCAGAUGUUUCCUGUUUUAAAUUCAAUGGAUGUGCAGCUCCUUUGCAAUGUGUAGGAUUACUAUGUUAUGGCAUAUUUUUACAGACCUUAACCGCAGGUUGGGAUGAACUUGAGUGCCAUCGUGUUUAUAAUUUCUUAUGUGAGCUGACUCAUCUGUCCCGCAAGAUGCAGACAGUUGUCUGCAGCAAACCAGGAAGCGCCCGAAAACUGGAGUUAAGGAUCAGACUAUUCUGUAGGAAUGUGCUGCUUGAUCACUGGACCCAUCGAAGUGAUUCUGCAUUUUGGUUGACACGUAUAUUGAAACCGUGGCCAAUGGUGAAUCAGGCAAGAUUACUGUAUAUCAUCUUCGGACCUAUAUCUCCUCAAGAUGGACAGGUGGUUUGGCAGAAAAUGAUAGAAGGACCUACAGAUGAAUCCUGUCUGAAAGGUUUGGCUGAUGCCAUUAAAUUACUAUAUGACACAGGCACCAAAGAAUGGACAGCAGAUGAUGUUAUCAGUCUUGUAGAUGAACUAUCAGUGGUUCCUCGUGAGUGGCUUCUGGAGAAUAAUGCACGUCUCCUAAUCCUAAGUGGAAACAAUAUCUGUUUCACUUUCAUGGCUAGUAAAGCUGUGAAUGGACGCACCAUUGAACUGGCAAGACUGAUAGUCUUUUUGGCUUUGGUGUCUGAGAAAGAACUAUACUGCAUGGAUUGGGCAGUUAAAAUGAUGCAAAAAGUCUGUAAAGUCUUUAGCACUCCAGUGGAAAGAAAUAACUUCCUGCAGAGUGUGGCAAAUGCAUUUGCAUGUGCUAUACUAGAAAUGCUACAGUCAGUUAUGUCUGAUGGUGAUGACGACGACAGAAGCUUUAUGAAUUUAUUCCAUCUUGUGCAGGCUCAGGCUAGCUUCCAUAAAGAGGUCCUGUAUUUGACCAUGAAUGUUCUCCCUUCCUAAAUACUCAGAAUCUUUGCAUUUAGAGAAUACCUCACUGAACUAACUAUUAGAAGAGUGUUACUUUUCCACACUCAAAGAAGAGCAUCCUUGGGACUUUUUAUCACCUAAGUAACCUAAGAAUUUAAAAGCUGCAUAAAACUCUAGAAGCAACUGCUUAAAUCAUUAUUAAUAUAAAAAUUACAGGCAAACCCAAGAAUGUUUUGAGAUUUCUCUAGAAAACAAGCUGUGCUUCUCAAACUAAAUGCAACAUUAGUGUUCCAAAGCAAGAGAAAAUUCUGUUACAUAAUUAGAGCAGACCCAAAUAAUGUGUCUAUGUUCAUUUUGCUUAGAUUGUAUAGACAUAGCCUAGAAUGUUUAUGAUUUGCAGUAUGAUGUUUUGGGUUGUGCAGAUAUAAAUCAUAUUUUUUUUACC